AUGGAUCAUUUCACUACUCUUUUUUCACGAAAAUCUCCCAAAUCUACCUCCGCUGCCAUCCUUCCAACCAAAUUUGAGGGCAAGCCAAAAAUCAAUGGCAACGGUGGACCUAUAACGUUCACAGAUUUGCCAUACGAGCUCGUAGAGAGUAUCCUCAUCUACGCAUGGCACGCAGAUCCCCACGGUUUGCCCGCAGGCGGUACAUUUCGGUUCUAUAACCCACACACCGAAGACAAUGAUCAUUCUCCCAAUCCGCAUAACAAACUCAGUACUGCCAUCGCUGGCCAGAAAGUGGAUCAGUACACAGAGGCAGGCAAGCGGACCUAUUGUCGGCUGGCCCUCGUGUCUCGGAUGUGGUACCAAAUCAUGCAGGAUGUCGUCAAGAUGUACGUCGCGAUCCCGUCUCUGGGAGCCCUGAUGACCUAUGCGCGUUUCGUGGGUGCACCCCUCUAUACCUCGUCCAUCGCGCGCAUACGGAUCUCAAUCGAAGGUGACAGCUCCAGCGACGAAAAUGAUGGGCAGAACUCGUCCUCUUCUCAUCGCUUUGCUGAGUGGGUCGCUGGAAAACUGGACCGUGCUCGGCGUACGAGGCUCGAGUCUGUCUCUCGAGAUGCCAACGGAAGUGCCAAGGUGGACUCGAAGACGAUUGAUGAUUCGCGUCGGCUGUGCCGCACGAUUCAUGUCAAUAUCCCGAGCGGAAAUCUUACAACAGUCCCUGCCUGGGCUGAUAUCACGACGCUCCUUGCACCGACUACCCUCCCAGCUCCAAGUUCCGGCCAUGGUGCAGAAGAGCAAGAGCUACAAAAGGAGAUUACUUUUGACGCGCUCACCCGUCUGAUAAUCACGGCGGCUGAGCCGCACCCGGGUCUCUUUGCGUUUCUGUCUAAUGGUCUUCCAAAGACGCUAACGACGCUGGAUAUACACGUCAGUUCUCCAUAUAUAUACGUUCGACCCGUCGUAUCCCUCCCAUCUGGGAUAGCCAAAUUAUCCGCUACGGCCGAACAAAGGCGUGGUGUGGAGCAUAUCCAGCACCUCCUCGUCGACGUGUUACAAAUAGAACUACUGGAAGUGAUCUUGGAGAUGUUUGGCUCGUUCCCUCUCCUCCUCAAAGCGGAGACGGACUACGGUCGAUAUCCAUCCGACGUCGAGGAGCUCUUGGCCGCGAUAACUGGUGACGAGAAGAAGGACGUCAUGAAGGUUCCAAGGCACGAAGGCAUCUAUACAUCACCUUCAUUGAAAACACUAGCCCUCUACGGUCCACACACACUCACCCACGCCGCGAUCAGUGACACCGUCUCGCAUAUCCCGACGAUCCACACACUCUCGCUCUACCGCCACGCCGUCUCGGAUCCAUUCGAGGUUUCAAGCAGCUGCUAUCGUUUAUCACGAUGGGAUGCCCCCAAGGCUCUGGACAAUGAGGCGUUUUUCCCCGGGUUGGAAAGAGUGGUCGUACAGAUGCGCCCCCUGGAUGUGACGAGUGCGGAAGAAGAGGAAGAAUUGAGCCUUAUCACAGAUGUAUGUGAGAAACGUAAAGUCGGCGUGAUCGUUGAACGAUCGUUCAUGUUUAUUUAA